CGCCGUCCUUGGGCCUUGGCAGGAGAGAACACCGUGCGCACGAUUGCCAUGGACGGGACAGAAGGGCUGGUGAGGGGACAGAAGGUGCUGGACUCCGGCGCGCCCAUCCGCAUCCCCGUGGGCCCCGAGACCUUGGGCAGGAUCAUGAAUGUCAUCGGGGAGCCCAUCGACGAGAGGGGUCCCAUCACAACGAAACAGUUUGCUGCUAUCCACGCCGAAGCCCCCGAGUUCGUGGAGAUGAGCGUUGAGCAGGAGAUCCUGGUGACGGGGAUCAAGGUGGUGGACCUGCUGGCCCCCUACGCCAAGGGCGGCAAGAUCGGUUUAUUCGGAGGCGCCGGCGUCGGCAAGACGGUGCUGAUCAUGGAGCUGAUCAACAACGUGGCCAAAGCUCACGGCGGUUACUCGGUGUUCGCUGGGGUUGGGGAGCGAACCCGGGAGGGCAACGACUUGUACCACGAGAUGAUCGAGUCCGGGGUCAUCAACCUGAAAGACGCCACUUCCAAGGUCGCCCUGGUCUACGGGCAGAUGAACGAGCCCCCGGGUGCCCGCGCCAGAGUGGCUCUGACGGGAUUGACAGUGGCCGAAUACUUCAGGGACCAGGAGGGUCAGGACGUGCUGCUCUUCAUCGACAACAUCUUCCGCUUCACCCAGGCUGGCUCAGAGGUGUCAGCCCUGCUGGGGAGAAUCCCCUCCGCCGUGGGCUACCAGCCCACGCUGGCCACCGACAUGGGCACCAUGCAGGAGCGGAUCACCACCACGCGCAAGGGCUCCAUCACGUCGGUGCAGGCCAUCUACGUGCCCGCCGAUGACUUGACCGACCCCGCCCCCGCCACCACCUUCGCCCACUUGGACGCCACCACCGUGCUGUCCCGCGCCAUCGCCGAGCUGGGCAUCUACCCAGCCGUGGACCCGCUGGACUCCACCUCGCGCAUCAUGGACCCCAACAUCGUGGGGCCCGAGCACUACGACGUGGCCCGGGGCGUGCAGAAGAUCCUGCAGGACUACAAGUCCCUGCAGGACAUCAUCGCCAUCCUGGGCAUGGACGAGCUGUCGGAGGAGGACAAGCUGACGGUGGCGCGGGCGCGCAAGAUCCAGCGCUUCUUGUCGCAGCCCUUCCAGGUGGCCGAGGUCUUCACCGGCCACAUGGGCAAGCUGGUGCCGCUGAAGGAGACCAUCAAGGGCUUCAAGCAGAUCCUGGCAGGUGAAUACGACCACCUCCCCGAGCAGGCCUUCUACAUGGUGGGGCCCAUCGAGGAGGCGGUGGCCAAGGCGGAGAAGCUGGCCGAAGAGCACGCGUGAGCAGGGCCG